UAGGGCCAUUUUUUCUGUUCGGCCCAUGCCAUUGAAUUCUCGGUACCUGCCAUGGGCAAAAGCCUGUGUAGCACCUAAAAUCUGAGCGGGAAGAGGAUUGCGUAGCCGCAGCAGGGCCAUACCUGAGAAUGACGGAAUCAAUACCAUUCAAGAACCUCCAUAACAGAGAAUACCAUGGCCACAAGAAGAAGGUUCAUUCUGUAGCGUGGAAUUGCAUUGGCACUAAACUAGCUUCAGGAUCGGUUGAUCAAACUGCUCGUAUUUGGCAUAUUGAUCCCCAUGGUCAU